AUCGCAUCACAGUCCUCGAAGCGAUUUGCUAUUCCGUGGUGGGAGUGCAAUAGGUCUGAUUGAAAACAAGCGGCGCUGCUGCCUCCGUGCGCUCUAGCAUAUGAGGAGCCGUUUUCCGUGUGUUUGCACGGUGUCUGACUGGCCGUCGUUACGCGGCAAUGGGACCUUAAAAUCUUCUAACUGACACCAUUUUAAACAGGAGCGGAGGGUAAAUAUAAACAAACCACGGAUAAGAUAGCAGUAGGCUACGCGAACUCGCCAUGGAGAAUCGCAGAGGAGGAGGAAUAUAACGUGGACAACUGACAAAGAACUUGAAGGAUUUACCACUUGUUUUGAACAUUGACUUUAAAAGGGAUUGCAAUUCCGGAUUUUUCUGAUAACUUGUGCUGAACAUUAGUCUACACAUCGUUGCCAUGAAUGGAAAGGGGAUUUAUACGGGAUGCUGGAGACUGCCAGUGCUCGGUUUCGUUGUGAUUCUGCACUUGAUUCCAUUGUUUGCACAUGGGAAUUCCAUUGGAGGAAAUGUGACGGAGUCACCGGAUAAUGCUGUGAACGUGACCUCACUGCCCGGCGGGGAAGAGGGCGAGAAGAUGGCGGAUCUCACCAAGGUGGUCAGUGGCGAGAGCCAGAGGGCUGGACGCAAGCCCCGAGAUGGAGAGGACGCGGGGAGCGGCAUGAUGGGCAGGGGGUUCCCUGCGGUCAGCGAGGAGGACGGGCGCCGCCACUCACUCAGUCCGGACUCGGCCGAGACGGACCACCUGCUGCCCCAGGCCCCCGGAAACACCCAGCAGGAGGAAGAGGAGGAGGAGGAUGAGAGCCGCAAGCUGCCCGUGUACACUGACCUGCCCUGGCAGAGCGCCAAGGGUGGCCUGGAGACCACGGUGUUUGACCUGGACCGGGAGUUCACCCCCACCACCGCCCAGUCGCCCAUCGUGCGCAUCUCCAACUCCGACACCCUCACGGUGGACUUCGUGGAUUCCGACUCGCGUGACCUUGAGACGCCCGCCCCGUCUGCCCAUGAGCUCCAGGGUCGCGACCCCACCUCCUGGACCAUGCCUGACAACUACGACUACCUCACCCCGUACGACGACAGCAUCUCCCCCUCCCCCGACGAGUACUCCGACACCACCACCACCGACCUCUACGACGACGAUCUCACCACCACCCCACCUCCCCGCCCCUACCGACCCCGCAUCCCCAUCCCCGGCCUGCUGGCCCCUGACGGCCCCCUCACCAGCGGCGGUGGAGUGGAGGACCCAGCGCCUCCCCCAGGGGUUGACAGUGACGGCGCCAGUGGGUCCAACUGCCCCAAUGGGAGCUGCAAGACGCCCUGCGAUCAGCUCCCCAACUACUGCUUCAACGGAGGCCAGUGCUUCUUCUCUGACGGAGCAGGACCCUUCUGCAGGUGCAACGUGCAGGAGUACGUGUGGAACAAGGGCGCGCGCUGCGAGUCGGUCAUCACGGAGUUCCAGGUGAUGUGCAUCGCCAUCGGCGCCUCGGCCGUCAUGCUCCUGCUGCUCUUCAUGAUCAUCGUCUGCUUCGCCAAGCAGCUGCACGUCCUCAAGACCGAGAACAACAAGCUGCGCAAGCGCAGUAAGUACCGCCCCUCCUCGGAGCAGCACAAUGAUAAUUUCUCGUUGUCCACCAUCGCUGAGGGCUCCCACCCAAAUGUAAGGAAAUUGUGCGACACCCCUCCUAACCUUCCUCAUGCCCGUGCUUUGGCUUACUAUGAUAACAUUAUCUGUCAGAAAACCAUGAGCAGAUACACCUGGGAGUGUAAGAACAAAGAGGACACCGACUGCGAGGAUGAUCCUCAUGCCCAGAACAAGCUGGAGGACCCCGUGAAGGCCCCCCCUCCCAAGGAGGACGAAUCGCUCAACAUCCAGAACUCUCUCACCCCCAAGCAAGAGAACCACAAGGGUCUCGGCGAUGAGAACUCCUCGGAGGUAAACUCGCUGCAGAACAACAUGAUGUAGAGCAGAAAAAAUAAAGCAAAACGAAUAUCAACAACUACAACAACAACAACAGCACUCAACCACUGCCACCCCAAUUCUCAGACAAAAAACCCACCCACCCCCCCACAACCUCCAUCCCCAACAACAACUACAGCAAUUACAACCAGCCACAAACAAACGACACUGCAGCUACUGUCACCAACACCAACACCUCAGUAAUGCUACUACACCCUUCAAACUUUCAACCGCCAGACUCCCAACCCCUUGCCUCCUCGCCCCCUGACCCCCAUUCAGACUCUGCAUCGCAGCCCCCCC